AUGGCACCCAAACGUAACGCCCAAACCGCCCAUUCCGUCUCCCCGAUCCCCCCCACCCCCAAAUCCACCACCACCACCACAAGCACCAGCACAACCUCAACCACACCAACAAUCCCCACCUCCCUCCUCCCAGCCUCUCUCAAAUCCAACGCCGGCGCCGGCCCGGGGCCAUCAACCACUUCCCAAAGCAGUAGCACUUCUGGUGCGGGUGUACAAAACUGGGACAAGAUUGUGCAAAGCGUGUUGGCGCAGUACGUAGAAACCACGCCGCAGCGGACGAAGUUGUUGGACGCGUUCUUGGGGUUUUUGGUGGUGGUGGGGGGGGUGCAGUUUGUUUAUUGUGUUUUGGCGGGGAAUUAUCCGUUCAAUGCGUUCCUGUCGGGCUUCUCGGCGACGGUGGGGCAGUUUGUGUUGACGGCAUCGCUGCGCAUCCAGACGACCGAGGCGAACAAGGGGGAUUUCCCGGCCGUGUCGCCGGAGCGUGCAUUCGCCGACUAUGUCGUGUGCAGCCUGAUCUUGCACUUUUUCUGCGUCAACUUUAUCAACUAG